CAAAUCGAUACGCGGAAGUGAUUGACACUAAAUCAAAUAUGUUCAGAUAAUGCGACACUGACUCAAACAAAUUAGGACGUCAUGUAUUGAGGCUUUAAUUUGAGAAACUUUGGGGAAUUGUUUACGUGACGUGGAGAAGUAUGAAUAGAACGGAGUGAGGUUAACUGCCAUAACUGCCAUUUGGUCAAUAUAGCAUAGGAUUAUAUUGUAAAAACAGUAACUUUGUUUCAAAGAGAAAUUCCCGUCCACCCGUUCCCAUACCAGUAGAUCUUAAAAACACGCUGCGUCUUGAGACAUCCACCCGACCUCGCUCUUUCCUAUUGUGGUUGUGGUUCCAACCGGACUAACUUUUUCCCAAGACGUGACUAUGGCGGUGAUGACGGAGAAAGCUUUGUUGAAGCGCUACAUGACCCUCCCCCAGCCUGAUGACCGGGUGAUGUGUGAAUACAUCUGGAUAGACGGUACCGGCGAGGGGAUCAGGUCUAAGUGCAAAACCAUGGACUUUGAACCCAAACACCCAAAAGAGUGUCCGGUGUGGAACUAUGACGGGUCCAGCACGUAUCAGGCGGAGGGUUCAAACUCGGACAUGUACCUUCAUCCAGUAGCAUUGUACAAUGACCCCUUCCGGCUUGGCAAAAACAAACUGGUGUUGUGUGAAGUGUACAAAUAUAACAACAAACCAGCUGAAACCAACAAACGCACGGUGUGUAAUGAAGUGUGCGAGAAAACAGCUGAACAAAAGCCUUGGUUCGGGAUAGAACAAGAAUACACGCUCCUGGAUGUGGACAAAUAUCCGUACGGAUGGCCAAAAAACGGAUAUCCUGGACCCCAGGGACCAUAUUAUUGCGGUGUCGGCGCCAACAAAGUGUUUGGGAGGGACAUAGUUGAAGCUCACUACAGGGCAUGUCUGUAUGCAGGCAUCAAAAUCGCCGGCUGUAACGCCGAGGUCAUGCCUGGACAGUGGGAGUUUCAGGUGGGACCCUGUGAAGGUAUCGCUAUGGGGGAUGAGCUGUGGGUGGCCAGGUACAUCUUGCACAGAGUGGCGGAAGAUUUCGGGGUUCUCGUCACCUUGGACCCUAAACCUGUUCCAGGAGACUGGAACGGCGCAGGUGCACACACCAACUACAGCACUUUAAAAAUGAGAGAGGACGGGGGGAUCAAAUACAUUGAGGAAGCGAUAGACAAACUGUCCAAGUGUCACGAGAAGCACAUCAGAGCGUACGACCCUAAGGAAGGAGAGGACAACAGACGACGACUAACGGGACUUCACGAGACUUCAACGAUAAAUGACUUUUCUGCUGGGGUAGCCAAUAGGGGCGCCAGCAUCCGCAUUCCCCGCCAGGUGGCACAGGAAGGACAGGGGUACUUAGAGGAUCGCCGACCCUCAUCAAACUGUGAUCCUUAUGCUGUUGUUGAUGUGAUCUUAAGGACUACCUGUUUAGGGGAAAUCUAGGUUUAUAUGUGUGUGAAUAUCUGACUUAUUUGUGGAUAGAAUGUAACUCGAAGAAUUGGAAGUCACGUGUCUUAAUAGGUGUAAUGACUUUAUAUGGAAUCUUGGCAAUAUCCACUUAUCUUACCAAUACGAAGUGAUUUAAACAAAUUGUAUGGUUUAAUCCUUACGUAUAGCUUUUUGUUUAAUAUUGUUCAGCUGUUUACAAAUGUUUUACAGUAAUUUUAGUUAUGAAAUAAGCUAAUGCUUAGCUAUAUAUUAUGCUAUGUAAAAUGGCCUGGGACAUAUAAUUGUGCUUACAAACAGCAAAGUGUGAUUUCCCCAAACCAUUUCUUAUCGCAUAAUAUGAGUAAGUAUUUGUUUAGGUUUUGAAAACGUUUGAUGCAAAUGAUAUCAGUCCGAAAAUAUGAAUUUAAUGUGAAACAGAGCAAUAUCGUUAGAGCAACAUUCUGAAAAUCUGUGAUAAGUCGUUGUUUAGUUCAGUUUAUUGUUGAAGUACCCAGUGCAAUAAAUCAGAUAGAAUUAAAGAGAAGGAAUCUUGCCAUGCUAUAACUAUGUAAUUUUGAUAUGGAAUAUUCCUCUAGCAUUGAUGUAAUGGGGGUAACGUUGAAUACGUGCGCAACUGCGUUAUUGCACACAUUCAUGUUAGCGUUAAUGUUUUUAAACUUGAUGAGAAAAAGAAUAAAUUAUCAACAUAAA